AUGUUCGCCCGCUAUCUUGCCCUUAUCGCGGUUACAGUCACCAAUGUUGCCGCUGACAAGCUUUGUGGUACUCAACUGUGCCAGAAGGAAGUUGGUCAUGGCUCUUACUGUAAGGAUUACCAGCAAGAUCCAGCUGGGCGUGUUUGCAAGACUCUCGAUCCCAAGGACACCAGAAUCAUCCCCUGUGAAUGUCCUAAGCCAACCCCCACCACAACUACCCCUGCUUGUGGACUGGUAACGACCACUACUACUAAGGCCGCUCCUAAGACUACCACUACUACCCCGGGUUGCGAGCCGGUCACGACCACUACUACUAAGGCCGCUCCUAAGACUAUCACUACUACCCCGGGUUGCGAGCCGGUCACGACCACUACUACUAAGGCCGCUCCUAAGACUAUCACUACUACCCCGGGUUGCGAGCCGGUCACGACCACUACUACUAAGGCCGCUCCUAAGACUACCACUACUACCCCGGGUUGCGAGCCGGUCACGACCACUACUACUAAGGCCGCUCCUAAGACUACCACUACUACCCCGGGUUGCGAGCCGGUAACGACCACUACUACUAAGGCCGCUCCUAAGACUACCACUACUACCCCGGGUUGCGAGCCGGUCACAACCACUACUACUAAGGCCGCUCCUAAGACUACCACUACUACCCCGGGUUGCGAGCCGGUCACGACCACUACUACUAAGGCCGCUCCUAAGACUACCACUACUACCCCGGGUUGCGAGCCGGUCACGACCACUACUACUAAGGCCGCUCCUAAGACUACUACUCAAUCACCGACACCUCGUCAUAGGACUUGUCAUGGCGGUGAUAUCGUCUGUGGCUUCGCGACACGCGGUGGUGUCUGCGAGAGGUUGCCGGGCCGCGAGCACUUCGGCAAGUGCGUUGGUGGUGCCAGACCUCAUCAUUACUCAUGUUUCUGCUUCUAUUAG